AUGAAGACCUUCAAUCUCUCCUCAUUACUUUCUUUCUUAUUAUUUCGUUCAUUUCCCUUUCUUUUUUUCUUUCUUUCUUUCUUUCUUAUUCCGUUCAUUUCCCCUUCUUUCUUUCUUUCUUUCUUUCUUUCUUUCUUAUCAAUCUGUUCCUUUUCUUUCUUUCUUUCUUUUCUUUCUUUUCUUUUCUUAUUCCGUUCAUUUCCCUUCUUUCUUUCUUUUCUUUCUUUCUUUUUUCUUAUCAAUCUGUUCCUUUUCUUUCUUUCUUUUCUUUCUUUCUUUUCUUAUUCCGUUCAUUUCCCUUCUUUCUUUCUUUUCUUUCUUUCUUUCUUUCUUUCUUUCUUAUCAAUCUGUUCCUUUUCUUUCUUUCUUUCUUUCUUUCUUUCUUUCUUAUUCCGUUCAUUUCCCCUUCUUUCUUUCUUUCUUUCUUUCUUUCUUUCUUUCUUUCUUUCUUUCUUUCUUUCUUUCUUAUCAAUCUGUUCCUUUUCUUUCUUUCUUUCUUUCUUUCUUAUUCCGUUCAUUUCCCCUUCUUUCUUUCUUUCUUUCUUUCUUUCUUUCUUUUCUUUUCAAUCUUUCCUUUUCCUUUUCUUUUUCUUUUUUUUUCUUUUUUCUUUCUUUCUUAUUCCGUUCAUUUCCCCUUCUUUCUUUCUUUUCUUUCUUUCUUUCUUUCUUUCUUUCUUUCUUAUCAAUCUGUUCCUUUUCUUUCUUUCUUUCUUUCUUUCUUUCUUAUUCCGUUCAUUUCCCCUUCUUUCUUUCUUUCUUUCUUUCUUUCUUUCUUUCUUUCUUAUCAAUCUGUUCCUUUUCUUUCUUUCUUUCUUUCUUAUUAUUCCAUUAAUUUCCCUUUCUUUAUUUGUUUCUUUGAUUCUUUUCUCUCUCUCUUUCUCUCUCUCUCUCUUUAAUAUAAAUACAUUCUCUUUGUUUCUAUUGCUCACGCAUUCUCUUUUCGUUUACUGUUUAUUCAUCCUCUAUAUCUCUAUGCUGCUUUUAUUUUAUUUGUCUGUUUUUUUUUUGUUUCUUUCUUUGUCUCAAACCAUUCUUUCUUUCUUUCUUUCUUUCUUUCUUUCUUUCUUUCUUUCUUUCUUUCUUCCAGAUCCUCCUUUCUUUCGCGCCUUUGUCAGUUUGUCUGUUUCUUUCUUUGUUUCAAAUCAUUCUUUCAUGUCUUUCUUUCAAACUUUUCGUUCUCUCUUUCUUUUUGUAAUUACUUUCCUUCUUCCUUUCUUUCUUCUUAUAUCUUCCAUUCUUUUUCACACAUUUUGUCACUUUCCUUCUCUUCUCUUUCCUCCUCCUCUUUCUCUUUCCUUCUUUUCUUUUCUUUCCUCCUCCUCUUUUCGUUCCUUCUUCUCUUCUCUUUCCUCCUUCUCUCUUUCUCUUUCCAACUUCUUUUUUCUUUCCUCCUUCUCUUCUCUUUCCUCCUCCACAUUUCUUUCCUCCUUCACUUUCUCUUUCCUCCUUCUCUCUCUCUUUCCUCCUUCUCUUUCUUUCCUUCUUCUCUUCUCUUUACUCCUCCACUUUUUCUUUCCUCCUCCUCUUUUUUCCUCCUCCACUUUUUCUUUCCUCCUCCUCUUUUUUCCUCCUCCUCUUUUCUUUCCUUCUUCUCUUCUCUUUCCUCCUCCACUUUUUCUUUCCUCCUCCUCUUUUUUCCUCCUCCACUUUUUCUUUCCUCCUCCUCUUUUUUUCUCCUCCUCUUUUCUUUCCUUCUUCUCUUCUCUUUCCUCCUCCACUUUUUCUUUCCUCCUCCUCUUUUUCCUCCUCCUCUUUUUUCCUCCUCCUCUUUUCUUUCCUUCUUCUCUUCUCUUUCCUCCUCCACUUUUUCUUUCCUCCUUCUCUUUUCUUUCCUCCUCCUUCUCUUUUCUUUCCUCCUCCUCCUCCUCUUUUCUUUCCUUCUUCUCUUCUCUUUCCCCCUUUCACUUUCUCUUUCACUCCCUCGCAAGCUUCCACACUACGCGCUUCCAAGGGAUAUCUCCUUCAUUCUCUUUCAUUUUUAUCUUCUUUUUCAUGUUCUUUCCGUCUAAUUCAGUCAUUCUUUCUUUUUAUUUUCUUCCUUGUUUCGUCUUCAUUCUCUUUCAUUUCUUUCCUUUUUUUUUUCAUUUGUCGCUUUUUUUAUAUUUAUUUCUUUGUCAUUUUCUCUUUCUUUCUUUUUCCUUUUCUUUCAUUAUGAUUUAUUCUAUCUCUAUCACUACUUUCUUUCUUUUGUUUAUUAUUUCCUACGUUUUUUUUCUUUCUCUUCUUAAUUCUCUGUUGCUUAUUUUCCCUCCCUCUCUGUUUGUCUUUUCUUUUCCCUCUCUUUCUGUGCUAUUUCUUUCGUUUUCCUUACUGUUUUUUUUUCAUUCGUUCUUUCUCUUAUUUUCUCGCUAUUAUCUUAUUUUAUUGCGCGUCUUCUUUUUAAAAAAAAAAAAUCUCUUUGAUGGCCAGUCGAAGUGA